UGACCUCCUGUGCGGUCGGGCGCGGGGUGGGGUCCUCCUCGAUCCCGUGGUGCUCCGCGGCGCGGCCUCGCUCUCUUCCGGUCGUGAGUACCCGGGGCGUAGAGGGCGGUCGUUGGCUGGCAAGGUGAGCAGCGGCUGGCCGGCGGCAGAAUGUUGGCUACCAGAGUAUUUAGCCUAAUUGGCAAGCGAGCAAUUUCCACUUCGGUGUGUGUACGGGCACACGGAAGUGUUGUGAAGAGUGAAGACUAUGCUCUCCCGAAUUACGUCGACCGGCGUGACUACCCCUUGCCCGAUGUGGCCCACGUCAGGAGCCUUUCUGCCAGCCAGAAAGCCUUGAAGGAGAAGGAGAAGGCCUCCUGGAGCAGCCUCUCCAUCGAUGAGAAAGUGGAAUUGUACCGCCUCAAGUUCAAGGAGAGCUUCGCAGAAAUGAACAGGAGCACAAACGAGUGGAAGACGGUUGUGGGCGCAGCCAUGUUCUUCAUCGGCUUCACUGGUCUCCUCCUCAUCUGGGAGAAGCUGUACGUGUACGGCCCCGUCCCGCACACCUUCGAGGAGGAGUGGGUGGCCAAGCAGACCAAGAGGAUGCUCGACAUGAAGGUGGCCCCGAUCCAGGGCUUCUCAGCCAAGUGGGACUACGACAGGAGCGAGUGGAAGAAGUGAGGGCCGCGUUCGCACGCCGGAGCCCCCCGUCACCUCCCUGCAGCUCCGCACGUUUACGGGAGUGUUCUUUCCCAGUACCAGUGCUAAUAAACGAGCAGUUUACGUGA